AUGGAUUCAGAUUCGGAGCCUGAGUUGAAGCUCAUAUCACUCCUUUCUCAACUAACCCCUCUCGAAGAUUCGGGUCCGGAGGUCAUUACUCGAAUAAUCUGUCUGGUCAGCUCAAUGGAUUUGGAUUCGCAGCCGAAGCCGGAGUCGGAGCUCAUGUCACUCAUUACUCAAUCAAUCUCCCUCUUCAACUCUAUGGAUUUGGAUUCCCAGCCUGAACCGCUAAGGAAGCUCAUAUCAUUCAUUUCUCAAAGUUCGGAUUCGGACCAGAAGCCGGUUCAGGAUACAGACUUCAUGACACUGGUUGGACAAACUUUGGCUCUCAAGCCUGAGCCGGAGCUCCUUGUAUCACUCAUCUAUCAAAUAUUCUCCCUCGUCAUAUCUAUGUAUUCAGAGUCGACGAAGUUUAUCUCCUUAUGCCCUCAACAACAAGUACGUUUUGAUGAUGGAAACUUUCAUGUGGUUGAAGAAGUCUUCUCGAGGAGCAGCGACAAGUGGAACUGUCUACCUUUUAGCUGGGAGAUAUUCAGGUCAACUGGAGAAGACGCUUCCUAUUUUUUAUGCCGAGGAUGCAAUGGCGAGAACCAUGAGGAAUAUGACAAGGCUCCUGUUGUGAUCAAACACACUCUUCAUUCAAAACAUUCUCUUCAGCUUGUUUUGUCGCAACACGAUGGUAGGACGAGGGAAUGUUUUUGCUGUGAUGAAGAUCUCAAUGAGCUAUUUUAUUAUUGUUCGGCUUGUGAUUUGGCUAUCAAUCUUGCUUGUGUGGAGAAACCACCAGUCUUAUCUAUAGACCAUCCGAAGCACCACGACCAUACACUUACCCUGUUUCCAAGACACGCUUCCUUAACUUGCGACGUUUGUGCCUUGUCUGAUUCAGAUUGUCCUUUCUAUAUAUGCUCCCCUUGUGGCUUUGUGGUUCAUCAAAAGUGUGACCGCUUACCACGUGUCAUUAAGAUAUCACGCCAUCCCCAUCGUAUCUAUUUUACUCCUUCGUUUGAUCAAAGAGAUUGGUCGUGUGGUGUUUGUCGAAGAAAGAUGGAUAAUAAUUACGGGGGGUUUUCUUGCACUAACGAAGAUUGUUUUUUUGCGGCUCAUUCAAAAUGUGCUAUGCAGAGAAAUGUGUGGGAUGGUAUCGAACUUGAGGGAGAGCCAGAAGAAGAAGAAGAAUUAGAGCCACUUGUCAGGGUAAGCGAUAGGAUCAUACAACAUUUCAGUCAUCCACAUCAUCAUUUGACACUGGAUGAGUACACAAGUAAAGAUUACGACGAUAAUAAGAUGUGCCAAGCAUGCAUCAUGCCAAUCUGUUUCGGUAACUUCUACUCAUGUAUGCAAUGUGAGUUCAUUCUCCACGAAGUUUGUGCAAAUGUUUCUCGCAUAAUGCAUCACCCGUUACAUCCUCAUUGGCUCACUCUGGUGGUAGGACAUGACAGUGUAAUGACUGAUGAGAAUAAAUGCUCAGCUUGUCCUUGGUUGUGCACAUAUGGUCUCUUCUAUAAGUGCCACAGAGAACUGUGUCAUUUUAAGCUACACGUGCCAUGUGCCACAAUUUCCGAGCCAUUAGACCAUCAAAGUCACAUACAUUCUUUAUUCCUAACAUCCAAACUAGAAGAGCAAAGAACAUGUUGUGUUUGCAAAGAGUCGGGACAUUGUUCCACAGAUGAAACAUUCAAUUGCCUUGAAUGCGACUUUGCUUUGUGUUUGAAGUGUGCUACUUUGCCUCAAAAGGUGAGGUAUACAGAUGAUAAGCAUGUGCUCACUCUUUCUUACGGGGAGAAGACAAGUACCAAGACACAUUGGUGUGAAGAAUGUGAGAGAAAGAUAGAUCAGAGCAUAGGAUUUUAUAUGUGUGAUGAGAAUUGUUGUGUUGCCCUACACAUUGAAUGCCUGCUUGGGGUGGACUUAUACAUGAUGCCGGGUUCAUCAUGGUUGUACAAUAGCGAAAAGGUAGAGGUUUUGCUUAACAAUCGUCAUACGUCUCGACCUAUUUGCUCUAAUUGUAAGGAGCGUUGUCCACACAAAAUAGUAUUGCAGUGUUCUGAAUUUAUAUUUUGUUCCACAAUUUGUAUUCGUAAUUCAGUUGAUCGAGGUGACUUAAUACCUUGACGGUCAUUGCUAUGGUUGUAAGAAAUAUUAUUUGUAUUCUGAGUAUUUUCAUGGAAAUAUAAACUCAGAGAAGUAUUUUGAUUA